GAGAGAGAGAGCAUCGAGACAGCCCUGCGAAGCGAGAUAAGCAGCAGUUUAUUAACUGCAAAAAUGGAGAUGAAGAGCACAGUAUACGCCAGCCUCUUACUCGCUCUUUUCCUCGCAGUUUUAUUACAAACUGCAACAACAGGUGCAGCGGACAGCGUAGCCCCCUCGCCUGCCCCAGUGGCCCCUGUGGGUCCCCCGCCAGUAUUGACAAACAAAGACUGUGAUGCUAAAUGCGAGGUGAGAUGCGAGAAUGUUCAAGCUCGGCCAGACCGGUGCAAGAAAUACUGCAAGGAUUGUUGCAAGUAUUGCAACUGUGUUCCAAGUGGGCAUUAUGGUCAUAAGGAUGAGUGUGCUUGUUACAGAGACAGGAUGAACACCAAGGGCGGACCCAAGUGCCCAUGACAGACACUCUUUCUCUCUAUUAUUUCUUUUGGUUUGUUGUCAGUGUUGCCUUAGUGGAGUGCUUCUCGGUAUAAUAAACAUGGGUCUGUUGUUAAUGCUAAUUCUAUGUACUGUCUGUCACCACACAGAUAUUUGAGGCUUUUCUCGAUAAUGAAUCUCUGAUCUGGUUUAUAUUUUCUUUCUUCAUAGCUAGCCUAAUUUAGUUUACCGAUAAGUAAGUGACUACGUGGGCCAUGUUUGUUUGACAGUUCUCUGUACUCCCACG